ACAUCGAGGAUGUAACAAAUCGCACAUUCAUUGUUAAUAUUGUUGUGUGUUGUUUACCUGUUGCUGUUUUACACGAUUUAACCUAGCAAAAUGGGUGGAGCACAAAGUGCAUUCAAUGAUCAAGAACUCAAAGAUUAUCAGGAGCUGACCUACUUCACCAAGAAGGAAAUCAUGCAUGUUCACAAAAGAUUUGCUGAGUUGGAUACAGUUGAAGUUGGAAGGAAUAAGAAUGCUAAAAUAGACAUGAACAAGGUGAUGAGCUUACAGGAACUCAAGGUUAAUCCAUUUUGUGAUCGCAUCUGUCAGGUGUUUUCAUCAAGUGGUGAUGGUGAUUUGACAUUUGAGGAUUUUCUUGACAUGAUGUCUGUGUUCAGUGACAACGCUCCAAGGAAUGUCAAGGUGGAAUAUGCAUUCAGGAUAUAUGAUUUUGAUGAAGAUGACAUGAUAUCUGAGGAUGACCUCAAGAAAGUCAUCAACCGACUGACAGGAGAUCAAAAACUCAGUGAACAGGAUAUGAACCAGCUCAUUAAAAAUAUUUUCAUGGAAGCAGAUCUUGAUGAGGACAACUCGCUUUCUUUUGCCGAGUUCGAGCAUGUGAUAUCAAAAGCACCUGAUUUUGUCAAUUCCUUCAGGAUUCGAUUGUAAAAGACCACUUGGCUAACCCUAUGAUGGAGUUGCAAGGGACUGAUUGCAUAUUGGAAAACUUUGGAUCUGGAUAUUAUACUCCUUCCAUGGACAUUCUUCAGAUAAUUUGCUGCUGCAUUUUUCUACAAAAUCAAAACCAAUCUAAAUCAUGGCUGAUAGUUGAUCCUGUAGAGAAUGAAUGUUGAUGGGCAGGAGCUCUGAAAAGUUCAACUGCCUCAAAAGGUGCAAUUAGCGACUGACUUUCAAUUAACUUGAUUAUUGUGUCUUACAAUUUGUAACUUGGUGUGUGGGAUGGCUGUGUGAUAUUUUGGCUUCAAGGCCUAACACAAGUGGAACUACACAGAUUCAGUACAACCGUGCCUUCUGUUGAAUAUAUGCCAAUAGAUACUUGAUGUUGUUUGAUUGAUGGCAUUAAUGUCGCUGUUGAACAUGGAAAGUUGGAUAUAGUCCUUUCAGAUUGGAACAUUACAUUUAAUUUAUUUUAUACAACCAUAAUUCAUUUGAUAUCUAUGCAUGUGUGAAGUGUAUUAAUUGUCUCAAGCACCUGUCUUCCUUGUGUCAAUCUAAUGUUUGUAUAAUUAGGUAUUGUCUAUAUCAUAAAGGCUUGUCGAGUAUAUUUUUGUGUGCUUUUGAUAGGGGGGAGGAUGCAUUAUCAGAAAUUCAGAAUGGCGUCAGUCAAACUGUUGUGUGGCAGUUUUUGUCAUUGAUUAUUAUUUAUUUUGUGCUUUUUGGCAUAUUGUGAUAUAUCUUUGAACUUGGUGUAAGGUGUUCCAACUCUAGAGAUAGCAAGCUUCGACUCUGUUCUGAAGUUGGCAGAGUAAUAAGACCUGUUUUGCCUUUGAAUUAUCAGUAAUUGGAGAAAUUUAAGUGCACAACUGAUCUGCUGAAAUGUUUAUUACUUGUUUUAAAAUCCAACUUUGAACCUUUGAACAGUAUAGUACUUUCUGCUAAGUUUUAAUUGAGUUAUAGGUGGCUCAUCAACAAGACCAUGAUCAGUUCCAUUAACAAUUCUUGUGUUUUGUUAUCUAACAGCUUUAUAACCAGAAUAAUUUAAUCAAAAUUUCUACAAUCUUGUUGCUUUUUAUCGAUGCAUGUAUUUUUGAGAGAACUGUACAGAAAUAAAAGAGUUGUCAAGAAAA